UAGUGGACUGGGACUAUAUACCCUCCAUGGAGGUUCUGUUCCCAUUUCAGCUGCAAACAGACUCACAGGCAACUUCAGAUUGCACACCACGGGAUACUUUUUUUUUUUUGCUUCUCUUCAAAUAUAACAUGGAGGCAUCACCUUGUGCCCAGAUAGUUAGCAGCCACACAGCAUCUCUGUUGAUGAGCCUGAACCUCCAAAGACAGCGUUCUCAGUUCUGUGACUGUGUGGUCAGACAGAGGCAGAGCCCGGGUCAACUCUAUCCUGCACACAGGUGUGUCCUGGCAGCUUCUAGUCCAGUGCUCUCAUCUAUCUUGUCCUCCUCUGGUGCCCUGGUGGAACUGCAGGCCCCUUGUCUGACUGGUUCUGUGCUGGCUCUUCUUUUGGACUACAUUUAUACUGGGACUUUGCCAUUCUCACGAAUCCAGCAGUACUACUACAGCCUGCUCACUAGCGCUUGCUACCUGCAGAUGGAUGAACUGCAAGAGGCUUUGAGGGCAUGGCAGAAGAUUAAGGCGAGUGAUGCAGAUAAAACAAAUGUUUCCACCGGAAAUGAGAGUGAACAGCUACAAGCUACAACAGCUACAACAAACUCCUGUAGUAGGCAUCUACCUUCAACAUGCAGCGUUGACGCGUUAAUAAGACAUGAAGAAACAGGAGGGCCGCUGGAGAGAGUGGAUCGUCCUUACUCAUGUGAUGAAGUGCAAAUGCUUUCAACGAGUUUGGAUUCCUGUAUUAAAAGCACAGAAACAGAUACAAGUGGUUUAAAUGGUGCGAACGGCUGUAGUAGCAGGUGUAUUUUAAGUAACUGCAGUAGUAUAUCAGAGGACAACUCUGAUGGUGUCAACACUGGAAAGUGCACACCAGUAACUUAUCUGACACCUCAAGAUUUCAUUCAAAAUAUCCCUGACUCCGCUGAAGAGCAUGUAGUGUCCGAAGUGGACAAAGAGGUGCAGAAGGAUCAGUUUCAUUCAGCUGGCACAGAGACCUGGCAGAAGAGCACCGAAGAGGAGCUGCAGAGGAGAGUGGAGGGCAAGAGAAAGUCAUCAUCACCCUCUUCUUCAUCGCCACAUCCGUACUGUGAGGCAGUGCCUGUCAUACGCCACAGCAGCAGAGCAGAUAUGCACCAGCUGGCAGAGGUGCCCCCGUACCAUUCAAUAUCCAAGGUCUCAGUCGAUUCCAGCAGAGCUGCCGUCCCACGAUUAGCAAGCAAAGACAUUGAUGACAUUGCUGAGGGUGUUACUCCUAAGCAAACAAAUCCCCAUGGGGAACAGGAUCAGGAUGACGGAAUCUAGUAAACAUCACUCUAAAUAUCUUGGAGGUGAUUCGGUGCCACAGAAUAAAAUGUGUGGGGAAUUCAUCAGGGGAGUGAAGCAUAAAGCUGAGCUCAGUUUCGAUGAUUUACCCUCCAAGCAUCAACAACUGGAC